ACUGAAUACAUGUAUCAAGCUGAAUCAAUAGGCAUUCCUAAGACUCGUCAUGAGGGACGAAGUGCUGGGAAGGGUACAAUAGGCACAAAACUAAAAAGCAUGAUGCGAGAAGAAGUGCUUCAAGCGCAUUUGUAUAUAUUAAACAAUACUGAUGAGGUUCUUCCUUAUUUAAAUGCCCACAAAGACUUAGUGAAGAGAAACAACCCUCGCAUGCCUGAGAAAUGGGUGUUGAACGAGCAUAAUAAGACUUUCAUAGAGUGGUUCAAAAAGAAUGUUGGGACAAAUUUAAAUGUUUCUGAAACUUUACAACGGCUAGCUCAAGGACCUAACUUUGAUGUGUUUACUUUCUGUGGAUAUGACAUUAACAAUUACUCAUUUUAUACAAAGGCACAAGAUGACAAAAGUACUAUGCAAAAUAGUGGUGUUAUGAUAGUUGCUCAAUCUAUGCAUUUUUCAACCAGAAAUGAUAAGAACCCCAUCACAGCAUCCAUGUGUUAUUUUGGAGUUAUUGAAGACAUAUGGGAGGUUGAUUAUGGUCCAUUCCGAGUACCUGUAUUUAAAUGCAAGUGGGUUGAUAGUAACAAUGGUGUCAAAAUUGAUGAACUUGGAUUUACCUUGGUUGACCUCAAUAAAGUUGGUCAUAAGGAAGAGCCUUUUAUCAUGGCUAUGCAAGUAAAGCAAGUAUUUUAUGUCACUGAUCCAUCUAACAAUAGGUGGUCAAUUGUUCUACAAGGUAAGAGUAAUAAUAUAGGUGAUGAAUUUGGAGAUUCAAUUGAUAUUAUGGAUACUCCUUCUUUGUCCAAACGGGUGCCAACUAUUAAUGAAGAAGAUGAUGUUGAUAAUGUACAUGCCACUCGUGAUGAUCAUCAGGAAGGAAUAUGGGAGAACAUUCAAACUUGAUCAUAUUUCCAAAAUAGAUAAAUAUGGAUGAACAUCAAGACUCUCCUUCAGACUCUACACAGACUACAGCCAAGAAGAAAGUCAGAGGUCCCACUAGAAUGAAGAAUGUCACAUCCAAACGCCUUCACGAGGAGAGAUUGCAUGUUGAUAUUGAUGAGAUAACUAAGAGACCUAUAGGAGACUCAGCUACCCAAUUUAUGAGUACCAUGGGGGUUCUUGCUAGAACCAAGGUUUCUAUUUUAUUGCCUAGUUGGGAUCAUGUAGAGGAGGUUGUCAAGAACCAUAUUUGGGCAGAUAUUACGGAAACUUGGGACAUUCCUAGGACAGAGGACAUGAGAAGGAAAACCCUCUCUAUUGUGGCUGAGAGGUGGAGGGCAUAUAAGACCAGCCUCACAAACAAUUACAUUUUUGGAAAAAAGAAAGGUGAAUUUCCUGGUUAUAAGAACCCCACCAUAGAUCAAGAGACAUGGAACGCAUUUGUAGAGUCUAGAAUGACUAAAGAGUUUUUGGAGAAAAGAAAGAAGGCACAAGAGAUUCAGGCAAACAAUGACACCAUUGUUGUGAUGUCUCGUGGGGGUUAUCCAUGGCUUAAGAAAAAGUUGAUGAAAGAGAAGGCUAUGAAGCGUCAAGCUAGCCAAGAUGAGACUACAGUUAGUGAUCCUCCUUCUCCACCCACACGUCAUGAAUUAUGGAAGCAUGGUCGCAUAAAAAAAACGGGCGAGUUUACAACUGAGGCAGCAAAAGAAAUUGCUAACAAGAUAGAUAUAUUGGAACAACAGUCCACAGAGGGAUCUUUUGUUUCCCAUGGACGCCAGGAUAUACUCACAGUUGCAAUUGGAAAGCCUGAGCACCCAGGUCGGGUUCGGGCUGCUGGUGGAGGUCAUAGUUUACAAACCUACUUUGGAUCACGCUCAUCUUCACAGACAUCUGGCACGGUGGACCAGUUAGUGGAACUAAAGGUCUCUCAAGUUAUAGCAACUUAUGAGCAAAAAUUUAGUCAGAUGCAGGAGGAGAUUCAUAAGCGGCUACAAGAGGACAUGCAAAGGCAACUACAAGAGCAUAUGCAAUCACUCAGCCAACAAUUUCAACAAAGUACUCCAAUAGUAGAACCAUUUAUUGCACGUGUGAGUACAAAGGGAUCAUGUGCUUCUAUUGAUCCCCCUGUUACUGCCACUGGCCCAGGUACAUCUAAUAAAUGUGAGUUGUUUGUGGAUGGAUCACUCGAUCCUGUGGGUAUAGGGCAGAUUCACAUAUUAGGGUCCACUGUACACCAUCAAGUCAUGGGAGAUGAUAUGGUUAGGGUUUCAGUGUUGGAUGUGAGACAACCAGAGGCUAGAGUUCCUAUGCCCACAGUGGAGGUUCAGACAAUGGGACAAGCCUUGAACACCUUCCUUCAGUGGCCUUAUAAGUUAGUAAAGGUGAUAUCUACGAAGGAUAUUGUUACCUCACCAAAGGGUAAAGGGACGGUCAUUGUUACCCCUUCUAGAAAUCUUCCUCCAAUAAAAAGGCUAUGGAGAUUAGUUGCAGAUAUGGAAGAUGAGCAACCCAAACAACUCCCUUGGCCUCCUGAAGUGUUUAACAUGUCUAAUAAAAUUUAUCCAUAA